GAGUUGGACAAAAUUGGCGUUUUGCCUGGAGUUUUUCGUGCGGCGUUGGGCAGUGUAGUAGAAGUGAAUGGCCCCCUGUUCUCUUUAGAUAGCUGACGUAAAGUGUAGUGAUAAUAUUAUUCAAAAUGAAACUAAUAUAUUUGACUUUGUUGGUCCUCCCAGCGGCACUCCUUUGCUUCCAAAGCGCAAACACAGUAUUUGCAGCUGCAGAAGAAGACGAGUUAGAUGACGUUGUAGACAUCGAGGGAGAGGACAACCAGGUUGUUGGGGAGGAUGUUGGAGAGGAAGAUGACGCCGUAGUGAAGUCUGCACAAGAUGUUGAUACCACCAUACUGUUCACGAAGCCUAUACCUAACUACGGAGACAAUGCUUUUGACCUUCAAGCUGGUUAUCCUGUUGAAUUCCUCGUUGGUUUCGUCAACAAGGGAGUUGAGGACUACGUUGUUGAAUCCAUGGAGGCGUCGUUCCGUUACCCGAUGGACUACACCUACUUCAUCCAGAACUUUACCGCUUUGCCUUACAACAAGGAGGUGAAACCCAAGCAAGAGGCUACUUUCGCGUACUCGUUCAUCCCUAGCGAAGCGUAUGCUGGAAGACCAUUCGGCCUCAACAUCCAGCUUAACUACAGAGAUGCCAGCGGAAACUACUACCAGGAAGCCGUCUACAACCAGACAGUGAAUGUUGUGGAGGUCUCGGAAGGUCUUGAUGGAGAGACAUUCUUCCUCUACGUGUUCCUCGGAGCAGCGUGCGUGUUAGCUCUCGUGCUGGGCCAGCAAGCUCUGUCGUCUCUCGCGAGGCGCCGCUCCCCGCGCUCGGCCCCUAAGCCCCUCGAAACUGGCACUGCCAACGAUGUUGACUACGACUGGCUGCCUAAGGAAGUUGUUAACCAGCUGAAGAAAUCUCCUAAGACGCCCAAACAGUCACCACGCCUGAGGAAGGCGAAGAGAUCUGCCGGCGAUGACUAAUCGCCCUGUUGGCCGGCGCUUGCCGUUCGUAGACGACUAAAAUAAGAAUGGGUCUACAUUUCCACCAGUGGCCCAACAUUGGGCCAACAUUUACUAUUGGCCCCACAUUGGGGCAAUAUUUACAAUUGACCCCAGAAGAAUAAUUGCAAGUGGACCCUUAUAAACCAGUGCCUCAAAAUGACGAAACGUAUGGACUUCAUCGCGAAAAAAGCGCUCCCAAACCAAAUUUUGAGAUUGGUUCCAUGUAUUCAAAUGUCGCUUCGUGCAUUCGAUCCAGGGGAUAUCUCAGUUUGGUUGGAAGAGAAAAAACAGAAUUAAGAAGAUCCCAUCACAAGGAAUAUGAAGUCUUCCCGACAUGUUCUUAUUUUAGUCGUGGACAUGGUGUACUGACUGAGUGGUAGUUGCUAAGUGUGUUGUGAGAGUAAAUAAAUUAUGGAACAAACAGUGCGAGCUUCGUAACAACGUGAGCGAUAAUAAGACAUUAUUUAAUAAAAUGUUACAUUUUUAA